AUAUUUUAUAUAGAAAUUAAUAAAUGUAAAUAUUGAAUAAAUAUAAGAUAGUGGGGGGGGAUCAUAUGAUUAAGAAGGAAAUUAGAAAAUGAUUGGGAAUUGGAUAUAAUUGGACAAAGAAUUUUAUCAUUUAAAAUUUAUCACUUAUAAUGGUGAAUAUAAUAUGGACGGUAUGAAGAUAGGCAGAUGGGAUACUCUAUAUUGCAGAUAUGAAGAAAAAGAAUACAAAUUAAUGUAAGCAAAAAAAUUCAUGUGUCUGUUUUAGUGGGGGUGGAUUUUAUGAUCAAUAAGGAAAUUAGAAAAAAAUUGGAAAGUGGUUAGAAUUAGAUGAAUGGUUUAAAUAUGAGAGAUAACUCAUUUAUUAGGGAGAAUAUAAUAUGAAUGGUGCAAAGAUAGGCAGAUGGGACAUUUAGUAUGUCUUAAACUAUUCGAUGGAAUAUAGAUAAGUGUAAAUAUGAUUUAAGUAUAAGGAAUACUUUAGUGGAGGUGGAUCUUAUGAUCAAGAAGGAAAUGAGAAAAAGAUUGGAAAGUGGACGGAGUUGGAUAAAUAUUUUGAUUCUAAUUAAUCUUAUUAUAAUGGUGAAUAUAAUACGAAUGGUACAAAAGCAGGUAGAUGGAAUAUAAUUUAUCGUAAAUUGGAUUUAGAAUAUAUCUAAAUGUAAAUAAUUAUCAGAAUAAGCAAUAUAGAGGAGGCGGAUCAUUUGAUUAAGAAGGAACUAAAUUUGGGAAAUGGAUUGAAAUUACAAAAUCCUAUGAGGUCACAUAAAACGGUGAAUACAAUAAGAAUGGUGUGAAAGUAGGUACCUGGAUAGAGAUGAGUAUAAAUGAUAAUAAAAAACUAAGAGAAAUACAAUAUGAUAAUUGAAAAGUAUAAAAAUAACAUAGCA